GCCUCUGCCUCGCCAUGUUCGUCUUCAUGAUGUUAUUCGGCUCAUUCUUGGCCCUCCUGUCUGCCAGCGCCUUUGCAGUCUCCUGGAUCUCUCUUGCUGUUGUUCUAGCCCUUGUUGGAUACCUAUAUUGGAAUAGCGGUGAGAAGAACUCUGAUAAGGCUACUACUCAAGGCGAGCAUCACCUUCGCAUGACCUGGUUGGAAGAGCACAUGCUUAAGAAUGAUACUUUCCCUGCGAGUCAGCAUUCCUCACCAACCUGCAUGGUUAUUAACUCGGCUAUGUACUUUAAGGACGGUCUGCCGGAGAAAAAGAGAGUCGAGAAACUACUCCAGGAUAAGCUCCUCUACUUCCAUCGUUUCUCCUCUGUUCCCGACUUCGAGAGUAAAACUUGGAGAUCUGUGAAGGUGAACAUCGAUGAUCAUGUUAUUAUGCACUCUCCAUGCGCCAAUAACGAGGCACUUGAGGAUGAGAUCAAUGACGUCAUCAGUCAUGCUCUAGAUUUGACUAAACCAGCAUGGGAAGUUCACAUGCUUCCUGUUACUACAGGUGAUGACUGUAUAAUAUUCAGGUCUCAUCACUCGAUCGGUGAUGGUCUAUCAUUGCUUCCUGCGUAUGAGUCCAUGGCCACCAAUGCUGAUGGCUCGCCAGUUGAGGUCGGUCAUUCAAAGAAACCUGUCAUUCCCACCAAGAACAAUAUCAUUAUGGCCCUUCUUAUGGCGAUUGAAUACGUGCGUUCAUUCUGUGUCCUUCUCUGGGCAUGCUACAUGCCAUUAGAAAGCUCAUUUACCUUCAAUACUCCUAGAGAGCAUCGUGGUGGGGAUAUGCGAUGGUCUGGUUCGAGAAGGGCUGUAUUAUUCAAACCAUUCUCCCUAGAGUAUGUCAAGGCCAUUACUAAGAGAACACCUAAGAAGACCACCGUUAAUGACGUACUGCUCUCUGCCACUGUGGGAGCUAUCCGAGCCUAUUCCGGGAAGAGUGUUAACUCAAGUACAGUGAUGAGAAUGCUUCUCCCCUUUGGGUUCGAGGCCAAGCUGGAUGAUAUGCCUGCUAAUGAUAGACUAACUAACGGUUUUGCAUUCUGCAGCUCUGAUCUCUCUAAGUCCAUCCGAUCUGAUGAUCCCGAGUCACGCCUAUUAGCCACUAAUAGGAUCAUGAAACGCGUGAAGCAUAGCUUGGAGGCUAAGGUCUCUUUCUGGAUGAUGAACAAUCUAUUCGCUCGCGCCCCCAUUGGGUUUUAUCAAAAAACAGCGAGGAAAGUGUUCGCCAACCACACCGCAAUAUUCAGCAAUGUGAGGGGUCCAGCAGUUAGUCAGUACUUUGCUGGCAAAGAGGUUACUGGUACACAGGCCAUGUUUCUUAAUGCAAUACCACAGGUGACUCUUGUAUCGUACAAUGGUGAGAUUUACUACAACAUAACGCUGGACCCUACUGUGGUGAAGGAUUGGGAUAAGCUAGAAGGUCUAUUCAGAAAGGAACUGCUAGCCAUGGGCAAAGCAGUUGGAGUUGAUGCCACCCUAACACUGUGAGACCAAUUCAUUUCCUCUUCCUCCUAUACUUCUGUUGUCUUUACCGAUUUGUCUACUUCGUUCCACACAUCUUUUCAUAGUAGCAAGUUUUCCAC